AUGGACAAGCAUCAUUCCCAGCAUGGUUCCCUGAGGUGGUCGCACGGAUUUCUUGCGGUAGCGCUGAUGUUCAUUUUGUUCGCUUUCCUACUCUCAUCGCUUGUGACGUCUCAGUAUGUUGUGCUGUACCUCCAGAAGGAAAUGUUUCCAAACUCAACUCUUUCUUCCUCGAAUGUGACAACCUGCAACUUCAACACGUCGACAGAGGAGUACCGCGAGAGGACGGCGGUACAGAAGGCUGCUUCGGUGUUUAAUAUUUACAAAACAUUGGUUGAAAAUUUACCCGCUGUCAUUGUCAGUGGUGUCAUAGGUGGUCUGAGCGAUAAGUAUGGAAGGACGCGAAUUUUGAUAUAUAUCACAACUUUAACAACUCUAUCGGGAUGUCUAUCUAGCGUUAUAAUUUAUCUUGAGGUAGAUGUUUACUACUUAUUGUUCAGCAGCUUCUUGUAUAGUUUAGGAAGCGGUUUAUAUGGUUUGCUGUCGAUUUGCUUCGCCUAUAUGUCGGAUGUAACAAGUCCUGGAAAGCAACGAACAUUGAUGAUAACUCUUCUCGAAGCAUCCCUCGGAAUAGGUUUGGCAGUAUCUGGAUUCGUUUCUGGGUUCAUUAUUGACAGUGUCGGAUUCUUCUAUGCAAGCAUAUGUGUGUGUGCAGCAGCAUUCUGUUCAAUGUUGGUGGUUGUGUUGUUUCUUCCGAAUUCACGACCUCCUAACAUGUUGUUAUCCGGAACGUCAACCAUUGAAAAUGCCCGUGCAUCAUUUGUAUUUUAUUUUCGAGCUUCUCCUAAGCGGCACAAAUAUAUACUUGCAAUAAUUAUUUUCAUGACUGCGGCGUUUUCUAUUUUAGGAAAACCUACUAUAGAAAUUUUGUAUCAGUUGAAUGCGCCAUUUUGUUGGACCUCUGUCAAAGUUGGAUAUUACUCAGCAAUGUCAACUUUAGCAAAAAUGAUUUUAGGCGUAGCCUCUGUCAAGAUUCUGCAAAAGUUUUUCAUGGAGGAAAGCGUCGCCAUUUUAAGUGGUAUCUCUGGAAUGGCAGCUUGUGUUUUGGAGGCAUUUGCGAUCAACGAUGUCAUGUUAUUUCUAGUUCCAGUCAUAGGUUUUCUGAGUAUGAUCGUUCUCCCGAUGACCAGAGCGAUACUAUCCAAGCUUACUCCCGCGGAUAGGCAAGGUAAGAGACUCUUUAACACUUCCAACGAUUAA